AUGCUCGCUAUUAAUCCUACAACAAAUUGCACUUUUCUUCCAUUACUGCCUUUUGAAGGCACUCCAGGUUCUCAUAACUUUGAAUCUUCCACCGCCACUGCCACUGCUGCCACUGCUGCCACUGCCGCCACUUCCACUACCACCACAGGAGGAGGAGGAGGAGGAGGAGGAGGAGGCCUUCAAGAAAAUCCCGUGUUAGCCGAUUUCGCUGCGGUGCUUAUAGCAAACGCCGCGGUGUCUGUAAUGACCCCGUCAGCAAAUCCUAUAAUUGUUACUGCUGAACCUACCAAUACCAAAUUCAACACCGAGAUAAAGGCAAAAGAAGAAAUUCAAACAAAAAUAACAACAGCAUUAAACAAUCCAAACAUUGUAGCAGUGUCACGCGCUCAGUUUAAACACGUCUUGCAGAUUCAAGAUCUAGUGGCCAGGGCGUUACAAGCUACCUAUUCUCCGGGCUUUUUCUUUGCAUACUUGUACCAACCUGCGCACGUUUUAGUUGUUGCUCUAAGCAGUAAUACCAGCAGUUCUACUUCACAACCAAAUUCAGAUCAAGCGCAGCUACCGCCUCAGGUCGUUGUAGGUGUGGCUGCAGGGUUUGUUGAUGCUAAGACUCACGCGUGCCGGUCACCGUGGCUAUCGACUGUGUCUGGGUAUGUAUCUGUACUGGCUGUAUCGAGUGAGCAUCGUGGAAAGGGGUUAGGAUCACAGCUGUUGCAAGAGCUUGAAAGGCAACUUGUAAUUGAAGCUGCGCAAUGGCGGCCGCAGGGCGGGGUUUUCCAACGUGGCGAUGCCAUUUUAUCAGCAUUAGUAUUGGACGUUGCAACGGAGAAUGGGACUGCACAAAAGUUUUAUGACGCACAAGGGUUUUACUGUUCGAGCAAAGUUAAGCCUGGGUACUACACUAUGGGGAAAAGUGCAAUUGAGAUGACCAAGAUGCUUAUUGGUUAA